GGGAGGGAGCGAAAGAGAGCAGAUGAAAAAGGUGGGCUCUCAGUCUGAUGCACUUCUUGCCACAGUGCCGCUGUUCUCUGUCAUGAUCAAACUGUAGCAGUUGUGGAUUGUGCUGCUGUCUGUGAUGGCUGUUCUGAUGUUGUAGUGUACAAGACGGACUUUUUUUGGACUAUUACUAACUCAGUGAACUUGUUUCGGCAUUGAGGGAAAUGUAUUUUUUGCUGAGAACAUGUUGACUCCAUUAAGAGGUCCUCGUUUGUGGAAGCAUGGGAAGUCCGGGCUGAAGUUUGAAUGCGGCCAAACGAUCCUCCAGAGGCGAGCAAUGUAAGAACAUCUGCUUUUUGCAAGCAGGUAUCAUAUUUAUGACUUAAGAAAAAUGUUGCUGUGCAAAACAUGUAGUGACUGAACUGGUGAAGAAUGGACGGCAACCUGAGUGCAUCAGCUGCUUUGAGGAACCACACAACCCCCUACCACCCGGCCGCGGGAUCCUGGAUCCUUGUCAUACUGGUCGCUGUCAUCAUUAUCAUUGUCGUAGGAAACCUGCUGGUCAUCAUCGCGAUAGCUUCUACUUCCCAGCUCCAGACAACGACGAACAUCUUCAUCAUGUCACUGGCGUGUGCUGACCUCAUCAUGGGGGUCCUGGUGGUGCCUCUGGGGGCCACCGUUGUGCUGACGGGCAACUGGCAGCUAGACGCAACUUUUUGUGAUUUCUGGACUUCAGUGGACGUCUUAUGUGUGACAGCCAGCAUAGAAACUCUCUGCGUGAUAGCCGUGGACCGUUACAUAGCGAUUACCAGGCCGCUCCGACACCAGGUUUUACUGAGUAAGUGGCGCGCCAGGGUAAUCGUUUGUUUGGUUUGGCUCGUUUCCGCCUUAAUCUCUUUCGUACCAAUUAUGAAAGGCUACUGGCGUGCAAACGAUGAAUAUGAAGCCAGAAUGUGCUACGAUGACCCCGCCUGCUGUGACUUUGUCACCAACUGGGCUUAUGCCAUCGUAUCUUCCACAAUGUCUUUUUACAUUCCACUCUUUAUAAUGAUCUUUGUGUAUGCAAAGGUCUUCCUGAUAGCAAGACGGCAGGUGCAGCUCAUUGAUAAAAGCCGAAUGCGUUUCAAGCACGAGUGUCCGACAAUGCACAUGCAAGUCGAUUCUGAUAUGAACAAUCCAACCCUCCAGACGCUAUGCAUAAACCAAGCUACGGGCAACACCUCUAUGGCGCGGAAGGGCGUUAAGCGAAGACCAUCCCGGUUGUUGCUUGUCAAAGAACACAAGGCCCUAAAAACUUUGGGGAUCAUCAUGGGGACGUUUACGGUGUGCUGGCUGCCGUUUUUUGUUGCCAACAUCAUCAACGCUUUUGAUCGAAGCGUUCCGUCGGAGAGGAUCUUCAGACUUUUGAACUGGCUUGGUUAUGUCAACUCUGGCCUCAAUCCCAUCAUCUACUGUCGGAGCCCGGAGUUCCGCGCUGCUUUCAAGCACCUCCUGAGCUGUCCGUGGCUGUCCACCCUCUGGCUCAAUACAUUCUACAAAGAAGCGCAGACUUGUUGCUCCUGCUUUCAAUGGCGAGCUGAGUCAGGUCUGGUGGGUUCUUUCCAAAAAACCCCAACUGGUAGCUUGGCCAGUGCUCGAGGGAACAAGAGCGAAGAGGCUUCCCCAGUUCCUCUCCAGUCCAAUGGCAGCUCACAGUUCAGUGACUUAUCACAACCGGAGGUCAGAUUCUUCACAUUGCAAGAAAAAGAAGGAUGAGGACUUUCAUGCGCCAUACUACUGAAGCCAUCACUGUGAUUCCCAGAAGCCAAUGAAGAGCCUCCAGUGAACAGUGAGGUCCAGCACUAAGAUGGCGGGACAAGCUCAAGAGAAAAUGUUGAUUUGCAACAGCUAUUCACAUGCAGCUACAUCAAUGUGAAACUUAACACUGAAUGGAUUUGAAGAUGAACUUCCAAGCAAUAAUUUACAUACAAACUGAUAGGCUCCUGCUUGUGGUUUUAAUUUGUAAAAAAAAAAAAAAAAAAAAAAGCACAAUAUGACAUAAUAAUUUAU